GCCCACUCCUCCUCCUCAGAGCGUGCGCUGCUGCUCUGCUAACCGAGGACUUCAACAUGUCGCAGGCGAUAUUUGAGGUGCUGGAAGGAAUGGACAACCAGACGGUCCUUGCUGUCCAGUCCCUUCUGGAUGGCCAAGGUGGUGUCCCAGAUCCCAGUACUCAGACUGUCUCAGGGACGACCAUCCAGCCAAUGGAUGAUGAUGACGUCUUCCUCUGUGGAAAGUGUAAGAAGCAGUUUAACUCCUUGCCUGCAUUCAUGACACAUAAGAGGGAGCAGUGCCAGCCCAACACCCCCUCACUGGCCACCGUGUCUCUGGCCUCCAGCAAUGCCUACACCUCCGUCCCCUCCAUCAGCGCUGUGCCGCAGCCCCCUGCCAACAGACAGGUGUCCACAUACAUCACAGUUCCUCCCUCUCCUCUCACACACACGCUGGUGCAGGGGAACGUUCUGGUCAGCGAUGAGGUUCUCAUGUCUGCUAUCUCUGCGUUUACGUCCAUGGACCAGCCCAUGGCUGCCAUGCAGGCUUCCACUCAGAGUAAUCUGAGCAUGCCCACUGGAGCAUCAUACCUGCAGCACCACCCACAGCCCCCUCACCCACUCCCACCCAGCCAAACCCAGCCCCUCUCCUCUCAGGUCCCCUCCAGCAACAACAACUCAGUGGUGCAGGUGUACAGCGCGCUGCCCCCGAUGGCUGGGGGUGGUAAUGCAGAAGUGCACGCACUUGGACUGCAGGCGUUUCAGUCGGUUCAGGGUCCCAGCCAGUGUGUGGAGAGUCAGAGUCAGGCGUUCAGCAGCGCUCCUGCCUACACUCCCGCAAAACCAGCAGCCAAAGCCAAAACCUGCACCAACACAGCAGCCCUGCCUGAGCUGGGGGAAUAUGACAAGGUCAUCAUCCCCAAGAAAGCCAGAAACACCAAGAAAGGACAGGAUGUAGGACAGACGAAAGCAAAAGGUCAGAAGCUGAAGUGCAAUUUCUGUGACAAAGUGUUCACCAAAAACUUCGACCUUCAGCAACACAUCAGAAGCCACACAGGUGAGAAGCCUUUCCAGUGUAUUGUGUGCGGUCGAGCUUUUGCCCAAAAGUCCAACGUGAAGAAGCACAUGCAGACUCACAAAGUGUGGCCGGCUGGCGUCCACAGCACUGUGUCCAGACUGCCCAUCACUGUGAAAGUGGUUCCUGUGAACACGGAUGAAAACACACCGCAGCCAGCAGAGGCACAGGAAGCUCAGACAGCUGUGGAGCAGAGCGACGAAGAGCUGCAGGCGGAGGCGGCCGGUGCGUCUGAGGCUAAAGGCCCUGGUCAGGGUCACAGCAAACAGAAUCUGAUCGACAGCUCUUACCAGUGCCAGUUCUGCGCAGCCAAGUUCAGCACGUACUUCCAGCUCAAGUCCCACAUGACCCAGCACAAAGACGAGCAGGUGUACAGGUGUGUGGUGAAGACGUGCUCUCAGACCUUUCAGAAGCUGGACCUGUUUCUCGAACACAUCCGCACACACCAGGAGCACCUGACGUACCGCUGUCACCUCUGCUGUAAAGUGUUCCCCUCCCUGUUUGAGCUGGGCCUGCACCAGUACUCCCACAGCCUCUGCCCCCAGCAGAACCUGCGCAAAGAGACCAACUACUACAGAUGUAAUAAGUGCCAGAGUAAAUACUCCACACAGGAAGCUCUGGAGCAGCAUCUCCUCACCGCCUCCCACAACUACCCCUGCCCUCACUGCCAGAAGGUUUUCCCUUGUGAGAGGUAUUUCCGCAGACAUCUCUCGACUCACGGUGCGGGUGGCAAAUUCAAAUGCCAAAUCUGUAAAAAGUUUUUCAAAACUGAGCACUACCUCAAACUCCACACACAGAUACACUCAGGAGAGAAGCCAUACAAAUGUUCUGUCUGCGAGGCCACGUUCAACCGCAAGGACAAAGUGAAGAGACACAUGCUGAUCCAUGAACCCUUUAAGAAGUACAAGUGCCCUUUCAGGACGCAUGUUGGCUGCACUAAGGAGUUCAACAGGCCGGACAAGCUGAAGGCCCACAUACUCUCUCACUCUGGCAUCAAGCCGUUUAAGUGCCAGUUGUGUCAGAAGAGUUUCAGCCGCCGAGCCCACAUGCUGGAGCACCAGCGCUCUCACACCAACAACUACCGCUUCCGCUGCUCCACCUGCAGCAAAGGCUUCAGCCGCCACAAAUAUUACAGAGACCACAAGUGCCCCCUGGCAGGAGCUCCAGCAGAGGGGGCUGAGAGACGGAGCAGGGGGAGGAGCGCAGAGGGCAGUAAAGGAACAGAUCCAGAACCUGCAGCUGAGGACCCUGACACUCCAGAGACUCCAGAGGAGGAGGAGGAGGAGGAGGACGAGGAUGAUGGAAAUGAUGAAGGAGACACGUCUGUGAGCGGAGUGAUGGAGACAGAAACGGGGGAAAGAGAGGAAGAGGAGGAGAGGGAUGAAGGCUUGGUGGCCGGUGCGAGCCUGGAGCAGAUGCAGGACGGUGGAGGAGCGGGUGGUCUGCUGGCCGCACCUGUGUUUGGAGCCGCUGGAGACUGACGGUGGAUUAGGUUUGAGUAAAGAAGUGGGUGAUAUUAAAAAAAAAAUACAGUGUCAACAUAUUUGACAUUUUCACGGUACAUGAUAUUUACAUCAUUUAGUUUUCAGAGCGCGCCAGCAGAACAGAACUGCAACAUGAGUUUAAUUUGUUUUACAUCUUGCACUGUAACAAGACCAGUUACACAAAUAUGCAUUGCCAGCUUUGAAAAUGGCCUCCUGAAUAUGGGGCCAAGGGGUGGGCAGUAUGGUAAAAAUAUAAUAUCAUAAGACUCCACAUUUUCAUGAUACACAAUAUGUAUGACAGUACUUCGUUUUUCUGAGGUUCAAAGCUACGGACAAAAAAGCAGCAGUGCCAAAAAAUACUAUCGAAAAAAGUGAAUACAGUGAUUUUUAUUUCCCAUCUCACACACUGCACUGCACUAAAUCCAGUUAAACAGGACUAAUUAUGCUCUCUAGUCAUCCAUACCGCUGGUCAGUGCUCUUUAAGUACUGUCAGUAUCCAAUAUGUGCUCAGAAAAGCGUAUUGUGAUGCAACUUUAUCAUAACUUUAUCAGUCUCUUUUUGAGACUCUUAAUUUAUUAUAGAGGUGGGCGAUAUGGCAAAAAUAUAGUAUUGCGAUACUUCACGAUACGCAGUAUGUCAUGGUAUUUAUUUUUUUACACAUCUUACCAGUUGGAAAAGAGAAAAAAGACGCUGGUGCUGCAUUAAAAAAUACCAUCAAAAAGUGUGAAUACUCUGAUUUUUAGUCAGUAUUUGGCACACUGUGUAUUAUGAAACGUGCAGGUGGGCAGUGCUCUACAAGUACAGUGAUAUCCAUGAUAUGUUCAGAAAAGCAUAGUGUAUUGUAUCGUGACAUAAUUCAUCACGAUGACGAUAUGUACUGUCACAUUGCCCAGCCCUAAUUUAUCAUGAUAACAUCAUAUCAUACUGGCCACCUCUACAGCUGAGAAACCACUGGAACUGUGCUGAAAUCGAUCCCUCCAUGACUACAGCCCAGCCCCCCCGGCUUCUCUCAGUGAAUCAGUCAUCUGCAGUUUGAUUCAGAAUUUUUACCUGUACGUAGAGAUUUAGUGACCGACAAGAUCCCCAGUCUAAUUCUGUGUAUACAGAAAAUACAAGAUUAGGUUUGGCUAUGAAGCACAGGCUUCAGGCACUGACAAGACAAAGAGACCAUCUUUACCUUGUCUGUGAUUUCAGCCGUUUUCACGAUCGACUGUCUUUUGUUUUAUAUUAAAACAGUUAUUUUUGUUUAUCUUCUCAUAAGAGAAAAGCGUGAGAGUAAAAGCUGAGACUGGCAGAGCUGCUGCAGUUCCUGGAGUUCAUUUGAAACACUGCUGCUAUCAUUUUAGUGGAGCUGAGCUGCUGCUGGGUCUUUUCUCUUUGUGCUGCUAAAUAAAGACGUGCACUUUAAAAUGAACUGUGAUUUUAGACUGAGGUCAUUUGGAUAAGGAAAGAGUCCAGUUUACAGAAGGACGGCCAUUUCAGCAGAACUCCAUCAUGCAGAGCUUUUUGAGAGCGGUCAGAUCAGACGGAAGCCGCUCCUCAGUAAAAGGCACACGAGUUUGCCUAGAAGCACCUAAAGACUGUCUGUCCUCGAGCAACAGAAUCCUGUGGUCAGAUGAACCGGAGACUGAAGAGAACAGCUCUGAAUGAUCUGUGUGUUUUACUGUAUAAAUAACAAAGAAAUGUUCAGGCCUUCAUAUCAGCACUGAACUACUGUGAUAUGUUUGUUCCCGUCUGACAUUAAGAUGGUUUGACUUAACAAAAAAAAUUAUUUUACUGAAUUUGGUCAAACAUUUUGCCCUACAGCUCUGCAUUUUAACGUUUAUUUUCAAAAGUCUAAACGAGUCUUUAUUUUUGUGUAAAUUUUAUUAACCUUGUUUUAUGGUACCGUGGACAGCGUUGUCCUCGGGGCUCCCUGUCUAAAUAAAGAAUAAAGGAAGACAA